AUGGCUUUUCUGAUUGGCUGCUGUGAGAAGGCUGAGCCAGCAAUGGGAGAGAACUGUACAUACGGAGAUCGCAUUGACACCUGUGCCACGGAUAUUCCACCAGAGGAGAAGUACUUAUGCUACAACGAGUACAAUUUCAACCUCUGUUGUAAGACAUGCCCGCCACACAAGGAAGACGUAGAGAACUGUACAUACGGAGAUCGCAUUGACACCUGUGCCACGGAUAUUCCACCAGAGGAGAAGUACUUAUGCUACAACGAGACCAAUUUCAACCGCUGUUGUAAGACAUGCGCCUCCUACAAGGGCGACGAAGGUACUUCAGAUACUUCUUGGAAUCAUAUCAACAACCACAACCUUUACACUUGCAUCCACGCCCAUAUCCAUAACAUCAACACCUGCACAAACGUCACCAUUCACAACCACAACGUCUACACUCACACCCACGCCUACAACCACAUCAACAACCUCAACACUUCCACCAACGUCAACAUCCACAUCCACAACCUCAACACUUACACAUAUAUCCACAACCACAACCUCAACACCUACAUCAACGUCCACAUCUACACCCACAACCUCAACAUCUACACACACGUCUACACCCACUUCCACAUCCACAACCUCAACACCUACGUCCACGUUCACAACCACAACUACAACACCAACCUCAACACCUACGUCCACAUCCACAACCUCAACACCAACGCUCACGUCCCCGUCCACAUCCACAACCUCAACGCCUACGCCCACAUCAACAACCACAACCUCAACACUUACAUCCACGUCAACAUCAACAACCUCAACAUCCGCGACCACAACCCCAACACCUACAUUCACGUCAACAUCAACAUCCACAACCUCAGCGUCUACAACCACGUCAACAACAUCAUCCUCAGUACCAACAUCAACUGCAUACACAACAUCGCCUUCAACAACUACUCCCGUUACAGCGACACAGACCUCCAGCAGUGGACUGGCAACUCAGGGUGCAUCUGCAAAGGGAAAGGGAAUGAACUCAAACAAACCCCACUGUCUCGUAACCCCGACUACACCCUACCACCUUUGGGUUCAUGGAAAACAGUUUAGAUUUGGAUCAAUAUAUGGCUUCGGGAAAAGUGAUCAUCGGAUCCUGCAAGGUCUAAAGGACGCAACUCUACACACGAAGCCCGAUGUUCGUACA